AUGUCAGCCGAACCCUCAGCGCAGAAGCUGCGUCAACUGCCGGCUGAAAUGCUCGAAUUCACGCUGCUCAAGGCAACGGGCUCGCUUGCACCACGACUCGGCCGCCUGUCGGUGCCAGGCCGCAACAAGAUACUGACGCCCGGCUUCAUUGGCAGCACGUCGAGGGGCAUUAUUCCGCACAUCUCGCAGGACAAUUUCCAGAAGAGCCUCAACGUUGGCGGUGUCUACGUCCCGCUCGAAGACUUCGUGGAGAAGCACCCUCAAAAGACACCGCCAGUGCUCCAGUAUGGCGUCGCCGAGCCAUUGCGCAGCUUCAUCGCCCUCCCACCAGACACGCUGCUCGUCCUCGGCGCGCGUCGCAACCCCCCCAUCCCGAGCCCCCAUGCCAAUUCAAACACCCAGGUGAGCCUCUUGACUUCGGUCGGCUUCACCUCAGUCACCUCAGAGUACUAUGCGGCCGCUGCGAGAAAGCUGCAGCCAGACAUUGCCGUCGGGCUGUCCGAUAUUCCCUUCGGCCAGGACGCCAUCAGCCUCAAGCGCAAGGACAAGAUGAGCGACAGGACCGAGGCGUGGCUACGCGAUUUGGUCGUCAAGCAAGGCACGCUGAGCGACAGUGACAAGCGCUGGGCCAUCUUUGCGCCCAUACUGCCCAUCGACCGCGACUUGCAAUCGUGGUACCUCGAACAUCUGCUAGACGACAUGAUCGACAGCAUUGGCGGUGUCGCGAUAUACGAUGCGUAUCUAUUAGAUGACCUACCAGAGCAGCUGCACCACCUUCCAAGAUUAUCCUUCCACGUCCCCGCCAGCCCGCACGAACUGCUUCGUCACAUCAACCUAGGCAUGGACAUCUUCACCGUGCCCUUCCUGAACGAUGCGACCGACGCCGGCAUAGUCCUUGACUUUACCUUCCCAGCGCCCAAGAAUAGCGUGAGUCCACGCACUCGCUGCUCCCUGGGCAUCGACAUGUGGAGCGGCGACCAUGCGCUGUCCGUCAUGCCGCUCUCAGAGGGCUGCACUUGCUACGCCUGCACUAAGCACCACCGUGCCUUUCUUCAGCACCUCCUCGCAGCCAAGGAGAUGCUAGGCUGGGUGCUGAUCCAGAUGCACAACCACGCCAUCCUCACAUCCUUCUUCGCCGGCGUGCGAGCCUCGAUCGAAGCUGGCACAUUCGAUGCCGACAUGGCUGCGUUCGAAGCCUACUACGAGCCCACGCUACCCGAGAAGACUGGCCAAGGGCCACGCGUUAGAGGAUAUCAGUUCAAGAGCGAGUCACAUGCCAGUAAAGAGAAGAACCCCAAGGCAUUCAAGAAGUUUAGUGAAGACGAAAUCUUGAAGCUCAAGGCAGCCCAUGGGCAGCAACCCAAUAAGAAUCCCGAGACAAGAAAUUACAUUGAUGACGAAGCUCUUGUGGGAUUAGUAGGCCUGGAGCCCUCUCCAGUUGACCCCGACCCUGCUGCGCAACUGGCUGGGUUGCACCUGGAAGAUGAGAAGGUCUCUUGAACUCUUCGGGACCAUAUAUGAUCCCACCGCCAGUCUAAUAUAC